AUGAAGCUUUGUUUUUCAAAGGGGUCUGUACUUUUGAUAUGGCUGGGAUGCACUCUGUUUUUCUUUUCAGCGCAAAUCAGUAUUUUCCAUAUAACGUUUUAUAUCGACAUAGAUGACUCUGGUGUUACAGUUUUGAACAAUGGUGCAAACUCAACAGAGAAGCUUCUCCUCGAACGAUCGUCUCUCACAUCUAAUGGUACAGUGCUAAAUAAUCCCAGCGGUAAAGAGACUAAGUGUUACAUACCAGAUGAUCCUUUGUUCCCGCUAUGCUCCAUCAAAAUUAAGGAAUUCAACAAAACAUGGGACCAGAAAUGCCAUGGGGAGAAGUAUAAGGUGGAUCCUACCAGUCUGUGUUCUGUUAUUCAGUAUCUAAGUGAGGUUCAAGCUUGGUGUCCAGUAUUACCAUGGCGACAAGACAAAAAUCCGUACAAUGUUGAGACAGAGUGGCAAAAGGCUACUGUUCAAACAAAUCUGUCAGCGCUACUUGAAAAAUUUAAAGGAGACAGAUAUUAUUGGAUGACGAAGAGGAUCCAGGGAAUUUGGCCUCAAUGGUUAGAGGCUUUUGAAGAACUAGGAUCGAGGGUGAACUUACAUGGUCGGCGAAGGAAAAAGAUUUUGGUUUACAUGGCUGGAAUGGGAGAGCACAAGUUUUUCUUGGACGGAGCUUUCAUGGGAGGGCCUCUUGGGGAACUGGCUCAGUGGUGUGACCUUAUAAGUGCCCUAUAUAUUUUAGGCCAUGAGCUUGUAAUCAGUUUUAUGAAAGAAGAAGUACCGAGGUUCUUGGUUGUCCCGACCUCAGAUGGUUGUGCACGUCAAAAAAUGGACGAUGAAGUGGACCUCAUUUUCACCGACAUAAUGGGAGUGUUGAUCAUAUCUGUACACAGUGGACAGGAUUACUCGCGACACAAGUGCAAAUUUCGUGUCUUAGAUUCAUUUGGUACAGACGCGGAAUUUAACUAUAAACGUUACAAGGGGGAAAUUCCUGGAGGGAGAUCUCCUUGGGGAGAUCUGGACCUUCACCUAGCGCAAUUUAUGACGAUGUACCCGCAUAGCCCUGACAACUCCUUCCUUGGUUUCGCUGUUCCGCGAAAGUCUCGGGGAAACGUAGUUCAUUCAAAUGACCGAAUGGCAGCACUUGUUUAUGGGAAGGAUCCAGAGUUUUGGAAGGGUCACGCUGAUUAUAUCGACACAGUGAAAAGAUAUUUUAACGAAGUUCACGCCACUUUGGGAAGAGCGAGUGAGAAACAGCGAGAGUUUGGUGUUCCUGAAUAUGUGAUCAACCAUGGGAUAAUUAAUAUUACAUCACUUGUGAAUCUUUUGCAAACUAGUAAGGUCUUUGUAGGUCUUGGUCAACCUUUCGAAGGACCAGCAGCCCUUGAAGCCUUGGCUAACGGAUGUUUUUUCCUUAAUCCCAAGUAUAUCCCGCCGCUGGACCGAACAAACGCAGGCUUUUUUGCUGGUAAACCGCUGAAUAGAAAGAUAACAUCUCAAAAUCCUUACGCCGAAGUAUUCGUCGGUGAACCUUUCGUACAAACCGUGAACAUCAAAAACUUGACUGAAGUUGAAGAAGCUCUCCGAGAAAUUAUCAGCACAAAGGAAGAGCCUCACUUACCUUACGAAUUUACUCAUGUUGGUAUGUUAGAGAGAGUAAAUGCAUAUGUGGAAAAUCAGGAUUUUUGCAAACCGACGAACUGGCCACCUCUGAGUGAAUUAAGGACUCUCGUGGGAGGAGAGGGUGAGUCCUGCAUAGCGACCUGCCUUAGAAAACAACUGAUCUGUGAACCGAAGUUCUUCGUGUCUUUAGACGUGGAGGAAGCCUUUAAAAGUUCCGGAUUUGAGUGUAAAUCAACGUUUUUCCACGAGAGCAUCUUGGCCCCGUCAAUAAACACAACAGACAGCAUCUGUGUGCUACAGACUCAGCCAAUGUUGUUCAGCUGCCGAGCAGCCUUGCCUGGUGUUGUUCGUAUUUGCCCAUGCCGCUCAUAUCGCAAAGAACAAGCUGCACUAUGCGAAACGUGCUGAAGAAACAAUCUACAUCAUUGGAUAUUAAAACUGCCGAGCUCGUUGAUAAGCAUCGAUAUAAACUGCGAUGCUAUAACGAAAGAAGACUGUCCGCGACAUCACGAUAGUGUUACGCCAAGUCACGAUCCUUACAAUACUGAACACAGGUUAUUCACUCUCCACUGAAGCCUUGGAGCCUUGAUGGCAAAAAUAGCAAAACGAUCGAAAGAGCAAAUUUCACAGCUUUUGCCGAGCGUGCUGCGAUUACAAUGGUAUCGCUCAUGGAAUUCUCUUGCUACAAGUUGCAAGAUAUAUUCAGUUAGUUCGCAGACAAAAUAUGGAAACUUUACUUGGAAUCUUAUUCAUACCAGCGUGAUCAGAAGAGACCCUUUCCUUCGACCUUAAUUUGCAUAUCAAAAAUUCACCAGUUUAGUAGAAAGAAUUCUUGAAAUGCAGCCGUAAACCGGGCUAAAAAAGUAUACCAGUGAAUAUUUUA